AUGCCGUCCAAUCAACCCUUCCAGGUAGCGAAUCUACGCAUUGAAAAGCCUUCCGUCGGCCACAACGGGUACGUUGGCUUCGAACACCGCACCGAGGUCCUACCAAAGGGUUGGAACAAGUUUCAAUCCCGCGCCCUCGACUCAGACAUCUUUGUCGAACAUGAUCUUGGCAUCAAGGUCCGCGAUGGGUGCACACUAUAUUGCGACGUCUUUCGGCCUCACAAAUACCCAACCAAGGUCCCAGCAAUCGUCUGCUGGAGCCCAUUUGGAAAGAAACACAACGGAAUCGGGAUGAUGAAGAAGAUCCGCUGGGGCGUUGGCGUCCCUGACGGCUGUCUCAGUGGCCUGGAGCGCUUCGAAGGCCCGGAUCCGGCUGAAUACUGCCCACAAGGGUUUGCCAUUGUCAACGUUGAUGCGCGCGGCGCUGGACAUUCCGAUGGAGAUAUCGUUAUCAUGGGCACCCAGGAGGGUGAAGAUGGACACGACGUGAUCGAAGCCCUAGCUAGGAUGGACUGGUGUAACGGAAGCGUCGGCCUCGCAGGGAACUCUCACCUGGGCAUCGUGCAGUGGUUUAUCGCGGCGACGCAGCCGCCUUCACUCAAGGCUAUAGCUCCCUGGGAAGCGUGCGGCGACCUAUAUCGUGAGCAGUUCGUCCGUGGCGGGGCAUGGGACAACGGGCUCUUCGAUCUCAUCACCAAACAAGUCAUUCGCGGCCACAACGGUCUAGAGGACUUCCGCGAGAUGUACCGCCGGUGCCAGACCAUGAACCACUAUUGGGCCGACAAGCGCGCAGACAUCAAGAAGAUUAGCAUCCCGACCUAUGUGGUGGCCUCCUAUUCCACGUUCAUGCACACAAUGGGCUCGGUCCGCGGCUGGCUUGACGUGCAGACGAACGAGAAAUGGCUCCGAUGGGACCCUUACCAGGAAUGGUACGACCUUUGGGUUGUCAAAGAGUCGAGGGACGAGCUUGCUCAGUUCUUCGGCUAUUAUCUCAAAGGGGAAAAGAGCAACGGCUGGGACAAAACACCUAAAGUCCGAAUGAGCUCUCUCAACUUCGGCAAUCGGGAGCCUAUCUACCCCAUCGUUGAGGAUGACUUCCCACUGCCGAGAACAGAAUAUCGCGAGAUGUUCUUUAGGGAAGACGGGACGCUCAGCUCGAGCCCUGCAACGUCUGACAGCGCGGUCAAAUACGAUGCCGAGGCUGGAUCAGGUGACACAAGCGGUUUUGUCGGAUUCAAGCACACUUUCACAUCCCAAACGCGUCUCAUGGGCCUUCCGAAAGCAGUUGUUUACAUGUCUUGCGAUGAACUUGAUGACAUGGUCAUAUACGUGUUGAUCCGCAAGCUGGAUCGCGACGGUCACGAGAUGAUGAAUCUCAAUAUCCCGUGGAAGGCCGCACCAUACUGCAGGAUGGAAGACAUACCCCUGGACGAGAUGAGCAACCUGCUGUUGUACUUUGGCCCUCUGGGCGUUUUGCGGGCCAGCCACCGAGCCAUUGACUCGUCCAUGUCGAUCCAUCCUCAGUACCCCUUUCACACACACUCCAAAGCGGACAAGAUUCCGCCAGGCGAGGUCGUCAAGCUGGAAAUUGGGCUCUGGGCUAUGGGUAUUGAUUUUGAAGAAGGCGAGAGCCUUAGGGUGCAAAUAUCUGGGCAAAGCCCGAUGAUUCCGGAGUACAAGGAGGCGAAGGCGGCGCCGGUUGAAGAUAAGAACAAGGGUUUCCACAAGGUUCAUAUUGGUCCGGAGUACCCCAGCAGAAUCAUUUUGCCGUUUGUAUGA